UAUUCCUUUAUGAGCAAUAUUCUUAUUUCUCAUAGGUACCCGAACUGAACUAUUACUGUUGAUUUUCUCUAGUCAUUUAACAAUUAUUAUUACUAAUAUUAUUAUAGUAGUAUAUCAGUAUCGUUGUUUCACGAUUCAAAUUUCAAGGAUAUUUUUGUAGACGACUAAAAUGUGUAGAACAUUUUAAUAUGAUUGAAACAUUAAUAAUUAAGGUGGUAUCUAUUUAGUAUUACACUGUGUUCUCGUUAAGUUUUAAUCAAACCUAGUUAUCAAAAACAAAUUUAUUGCUUCUUGUUCAAUUGUCCAAUUGCAUCAGUAUAAAUGAGAAACUAUUUCAAAUCAUUUAUUGCUAUUAGGUUAAGCAUUACACCAUUGAUAUGUCUGAUAAUAAUCUAACACUUGCCACUGAAGUAGAUGAACAAGAACCGGAACUACAGUCAUGGGUAUGUCCCAAUUUUGGUAUAAAAGAUGUAUGGGCUCAUAAUUUAGAAGAAGAAUUUGCAUCAAUUAGAAAACUAUUGCCAAAAUAUUGUUAUGUAGCUAUGGAUACUGAAUUUCCUGGAGUCGUAGCCCGACCAAUUGGCGAUUUCAAGACGGCUGCUGAUUAUUUAUAUCAGUUGUUACGAUGCAAUGUUGAUCUUUUGAGAAUCAUUCAAUUAGGGCUUUCAUUUUUUGAUGAAGAUGGCAGGACACCCACUGGCCAAUAUACAACAUGGCAGUUUAAUUUUAAAUUUAAUUUGUCCGAAGACAUGUACGCUCAAGACAGUAUAGAAUUAUUGACAAAUUCCAGAAUACAAUUCAAAAAUCAUGAAGAGAAUGGAAUUGAACCGAUAGUUUUUGCUGAAUUCAUAAUAACAUCUGGCUUAGUAUUAAUGGAUAAUUUAAAAUGGAUGACAUUCCACAGUAGUUUUGAUUUUGGUUACUUGGUUAAAGUGUUGACUGAUGAAAAACUUCCACAGGAAGAAUCUGAGUUCUUUGAGAUGUUUUCUCUGUACUUCCCCUGUGUGUAUGAUAUCAAAUACCUAAUGAAGAGCUGUAAAAAUUUGAAGGGCGGUCUGCAAGAAGUGGCUGAUCAACUGGAAUUAAAGCGUAUUGGGCCUCAACAUCAGGCUGGUAGUGAUUCCUUAUUAACAGGCAUGGCCUUUUUUAAAAUUAGAGAUAUGUACUUUGAAGGAAUGAUCGACAGUAAAAAAUACUGUGGUCAUUUAUACGGCUUGGGUAUUACCACUUUGAACAAUGGUCAAUUUCGAUAUGAUAAUGAAGGGCCAUUUAAUUUGUAAAUGAAACUUAUAUAUUUUGUUCCUUUAGUCAUUUUUUUUUUUUUAUGUAUAUCUAUAGUAGUAAUAUUAAUAUUUUAAGUUUCAAAUUGAAAUAUUUAAGUUAAAAUAUUUUGUCUAUUAUUUAUUUAUUUUGUAUAAGUUUUGUAUUCACCAAUUAUGAACAAAGUUAGAAAAAUUAUUGAAAUAUCUUUA